AUGGACAAGGGCAUCUACUCGUCCGUGAGCUCGGUGCCGUCCUCCAACUUGACGCCAGGCGCCAAGCCGCCGCCGCCCGAGCCGCUUGGCAUUCGCACUAACUUUACCACCGCCGGCAACGCUGGCGUCCAGUACGUCUUUGACGACCCGAUCAUGGAAGAAGGCGCGGGUGGCAUGAUGGCGCCGCACGCGGACUAUGACCCGCGCGGGUCGGGCUUUGUGAGCUCGCUCUCGGUCGUCAUUGGCGCGGCCCUCGGCAUCGGUUUCGGCCUUCUCCUAUCCAAAUCGUUUGAUGUCGGCGAGGACACGCGCCGGUGGCUCGCGCUUCCCGGUGACCUCUUUGUCCGCGCGCUCCGCUGUCUCAUCGUGCCGCUCGUCUUUUGCACGAUGAGCGUCUCGGUCGCCGAAGUCGUCGUCCUCAAGAAGACGUCGAUUCUCACGUGGCGCACGGCCGGCACCUUCUUCCUCACGUCGCUUCUCGCGACAAUCCAGGGCAUGGUGCUUGCGCUUAUCUACCACUCGAUGUUUAUGGCCACGAACACGAACGGUGGGACGGUGCCGAGCGGCCCGCUGCUGGCCCUCAAGUGCACGAACGGUCUGUAUUUGAACUCGCUCGCGAACGGGUCGGUCGUCUGCGCUUCGCCCGACUACGCCGGUGUCAACUCGACGCAGUUUGAGAUCACGGACGUCAACAACGUGCUCUCGGUCAAGACACCGCUGGCCAACUUGUCGUUGACCAAGCAAGCGAUCGCGAUCAUCGAGCUCAUGGUGCCCGACAACAUCUUUUCGAGCAUGGCCCAAGGUUCCCUCCUCUCGAUCAUCAUGUUUGCGUUGCCGCUCGGGUAUGCCAUUGCACGAUCGAGCGCCGAGGGCGCCGAUAACUACGUCCUCAACGUCCUCCGCCAGGCGCGCAACAGUCUCCUCUUGAUCUGUAACGCCGUGCUCCGCUUGACGCCGAUUGCCGUCGCGUUCCUCAUCUGUAACGCGAUCGUGGCCGUCGACUCGACGUCAUCGACGGUUUUGGCCCAGGCUGGGUACCUGAUUUUGACGUUUUCAUGCGGCAUUGUGAGCCACAUGCUCAUCGUGAUGCCGUUCGUGCUCUUCCUCUUUACGCGCAUCAACCCGUACAGCUACAUUCGCCAGCUCGUGCCCGCGUAUGUCUUUGCCUUUGGCUGCUCGUCGUCGAUGGCGUCGCUCCCGGUGGCCGUCACGGUUGUGCACCAGACCCGCCAAGUCUCGCGCUCGCUCGCGCAAAUGAUCUUGUGCCUUGGCACACCCGUGAAUCUCAACGCGCCCGGACUCUACUUUCCGGUCAUGAUGGUGUUUCUUGUCAACACGUCGGGCAUGAACGACCUCCUCGGCGUGCCGCAGAUGGUGGUCCUCUUCUUCGUCUCGCUGCUGGCGUCCAUGGGCACGGCGCCGGUGCCCAACGCGGCGCUCGUCAUGCUCAUGACGGUCUGGAAGACCGUGUUUCCGACCAUGGUCAUUCCCCACUCGUUCGUGUACAUCGUGGCCGUCGACUUCAUCUUGGAUCGCAUUUGCACCAUGUGCAAUCUCAACGGCAAUAUGGUCGUCACGCGCAUUCUUGCGGACAAAUACAACGACGUGUGGGCCCACCACGAGUAGAAAGCUGCGACGCCUUUCUAUUGUACUUAUUCUUAUAAACCAUCUCGGAAAUGCAGAGAUGCCCGUGUAAUUUGAGUACCAAGACGAC